AAGGAUCACUAACUUGCUUGUUAUGUACUCGUCACCCGAUAUUUCCAUUAUUAACCAUUUGUAUAUCUCGCAUCUUCGUGCAUGGAAUCAAAUUGCUUUCUGUUUUACUCACCAGUUCACUUCGUUUAAAUCAAGUUCUCGAGCACAAAAAAAUAUAAAUAUAUUCCGAGAACUAUCGAGCUUCAUGCAGCCCCGUCCGAUGGAUCACUAGUACUGCCAGUUUAGCAGUGUUCUGCAUUAGUCUGCGUCCUAACGACUCUAUGCACUUGUAGCAAUCCACGUAUUCACCCAGUGGACUUUUGAACCUGAACGAUCGUGAAUUAAUGAACACCUGAAGUUUCAAAGCACAUAUGCCCUCACCCCCGAUUCAAGUCUUUCUCACGACGAUCGCGUCGCAGGUCGUCGUACGGAAGCGCCAAGAAUAUAUUCUUCGCAUCCUCCAAACCAAGAAGAUCCCAUAUACCUCGUAUGAUCUUGCCUCCGACGAUGAUGCCAAACGUUUGUGGAGGCGUAAGGCCCCGCCCGAUAAACAACAGCUUCCAGGUAUACUCGUAGGCGGCAGAUUUAUUGGGGACUUUGAUGCCUUCGAAGAAGCUGUCGAAACCGAAGGGCUGGCUACGUUCUUGCGGCUAAAUGAAAGCUGGGAUAUCGCCAUUGACGAAGACCGUCCGGCGCCUGAGGUCAAACCUGUUGGUGUGCCCGGGGCCGUCCCCAUCGCGCAAAUGACGCCCGAACACCACAAGCCCCGAUUCUUCCCUCGCGACCCAGAUACCCCACUGAAGCCAGUGAACAAGCACGAGGGGAACUUUGAUGUGAGCACGGAGCUGGAGGGGUACGGGUUGCAGGGCGUAAGGGUAACUGAUGACGAUUUGAGGUUGUUGGUUGAAGAGCUUGGGCUCGAGGGAGAUGAUGCAGAGGAUAUGGUCAAGAGCUUGGGUGGGAAUGAGAAGGGUGGUGAGGGUGACGAGAAGGCGAAGGCGAAGGAAGCGGCGACAAACAAAGACACUAAGAACGCGAGCGCGACAAAGGAAGACAACAAAUGACCGUUAGGGUCUGAUGUAUUAUAUCUGCUUGAUCUAUAUACCGGCCAUGGAACAGUGGAACGAAAAUAUUAGCGUCUGAACUUGGUCUGGAAUGUGCAGAA